UUCUUUUAGCUCCUGGAUGCCUUCAAAAUCCAGGGGAUCUCUGAGUCAUGCUUCCACAAACAUCAGGCCAAGCUCCUUAUCCCAACCAUAAACUGGCAGUGGAAGAUUGACCAGGAUGAUGCUAUUGAAAAUGCCAUUGCUAAUGGGGCUGUGACUCUUGGUGGGGACAUGAGAGCUGAUUCACCUGGACAUUCAGCAAAAUAUGGCAGCUACACCAUGAUGGAUCUCAAAGCCAAUAGGGUCAUAGACAUCCAACUAGUCCAGAGCAAUGAAGUUGGAAACAGCCAACGAAUGGAGAAGGAGGGAUUUGAAAGAAGCCUGUCUCUUCUUGAGGAAAGAGGUGUUGUGGUCCAGUCUUUGGUGACUGACCGUCACACAGGGGUACAGAAGUUUAUGAGGGAGCAAAAAAAGGACAUUAGACACUUUUUCGACCCUUGGCAUAUGGGAAAAGGGCUUGGUAAAAAAAUGGAUGCCCUUAGUAAAGGUAAGGGGCUGCAGGAUGUGGGGCUGUGGAGAAAGAGUGUGGUCAAUCACCUUUAUUGGUCUGCGACCACAUCAACAACUGGAGAGGAAGUAGUGGCCAACUGGAGCUCUGUAGCAAACCACAUUCAGAACAUCCACAGCCACGAAAACACCCUGUUUCCUUCUUGUCUCCACGAGCCUCUGGUUGGUGAUCAGACAAGACACUGGCUCAAACCAAGCACAGCAGCAUGUGAAAAAUUCACAGCAAUUUUGUUGUCACCACGUCUUCUUAAAGACAUGCACAAAAUUAGUUCAGAAUACCACACCUCUGGAAUCGAGUGUUUCCACAGCCUCAUUCUGAAGUUCUCACCCAAAAAUGUGGUGUUCUCCUUCAAAGGAAUGUUGUGCAGACUACAGCUUGCUGCUAUGCAUUACAAUGAAAAUGCAGGCAGAUCACAGGCAUCCACUGCAGAUGGUGAUCUGCGAUACUCAAUCGUUUUCCCCAAAUUUAAGCAUGGCGAAUUCAUAGUGAGAGCUCUGAAGAGUAAUCCUACCACAGGCUACAUUGACAAAUUAAUGGAGCUGCUGUUCCACCACGUCGUGGAAGACCCUCAACCAUACCUGGACUUCUCUGGACAAAUGGCUGUACCAGAAAAACUGUGUGCUCAGUUUAUUCGGGCCGAGAAGGAGGAGGCAGUGAGCAGACACAGGUCAAGGUUCUUUAAAAACACAUGAGGUCUGUGAGGUCCAUCUCUAAUCAUGAACUGAGUAUCGGUUAGGUGCAUCCCUACUUUAUGGAAUCAGCCUGUUUAACACUGGCUCUUACUUUUUAGCACUGUAGUUACCAAUAAGUUCAGAAAGCUUCCAUCAAACACAAGGUAAAGAACUACUUAAAGCUUGGUAUGGAUGUUAUACCCACUCUGCCAG